AUGACAAAGUGUCAGCUGAGCCCUGGAAGGCAACUCAUUGUGAUAGGCAUCAUGGAUUUUCCUUUUGAAUAUGUGGAACGAAUUUGUGAUUAUCCUAGUUUUGACCAUCAUCAAGUGUCGAAACAAGUUCAAGACAAGAGUGUCGAUCCUAAAUCUAGAGAAUACGUUAUCUCAGAAGAAGAAGAAUUGAGUGGAGAAGCAGCUCGAGCUGAUGUUGUUGACGAGAAAGAAAAGGCAUUGAUUGAAGAGAUCAGAAGAUUAGAAUCCAAACGAAAACCUCUAAAGGUUCCUGUCUCUUCGGGUUGCUCUUCUUCUGAUUCUGAAAAUUGGGAUUCUGUUGGAGAUACUUCUGAUACAGAUGUAAUUGAUGGGAUAUUUCCAAACGAUGAUAUGAGAAUGAAAAAGUUCAAAAUCAUGCGCACUUGUUGUUGUACGGAUUCAGAACGCAACUCCAAUACAGACCAGACAAUCUCGACGUCUUCUUCCUCUACUUCGACGUCUUCUGAAGAUGACGUUCAAGUUACUGAAGAACAAACGACGUCAAUUGUGAAGGAUAAAUAUGUGUCUUCUGAUGAGACAACGUCUUCUUCAGAUGAUGAAAUGGAUAUUGAUGAUGAAAUUGAAUACUGGGAAGAUGUAUUGCAAAAAAUGGAGAAAGCAGAAGAUAGAAGAGGGGCUAAAAUACCCGAUGAUGAUUCUGAAGAAGAUUCUGAUGAUGACCUGGAUAGCAUGUUUGACGACACAAAAUCGCAAACAAAAACCAGCACCAAUUCCUGCGAGGCUACUGCUAUGGAGCCAACAUCUGUUCAACCAUCAACACCUUUAUCAUCAGAUUCCUCUACGACUUCAGCAUCUUCAGAAAUAAUCUUAACUGAUUCUCUGAUCAUUUCUUCCUCUGAUCCUGAUAUGGAUGUCAAUGAGAAUGACUUGGAAAAAUUCAACUGGCAAUCAGACGAUUUGUAUGAAUCAUCCGAUACGGAUUCUGAAAUUGAAAGAGGUUUGGAUCAAUUGGAUCAAGCUAUGCUUGCUGUUGAAUCCACAUUCUCAAAUGCAGCUGUCCUUGGUGAGAAUACUCAGUUCAUGAAUGAAAAGCUUCUACACUUCCAAGUCACCUUGCCAGAAAUAUUGGAAACCAAGAAAAGAUACGAAAUGAUGGAAGAACAAGGACAAAAAGCAAUCACAGAUAUAUCAAAACAACUUUGGCUGGUUCAACAACUUGGUUCUGGAUGCAUGCAUUCGGCAAAAUUAGUGAAUAGAAAGAAUCCGGAACAUUUACAGUUGCAGAAAAAUUUAGAUAAGGAAAGAAGACUUCUUUAUGAGUUGGCUCCAGAACUUUCAAAGCCUUCCCAUAUUGCAAGACUAGUGGAUGCAGGAUUUGAUAGUGACUUCAAAUAUUUGAUUUAUGAAGAUUUGGGAAUGGAUUUAUUGACUCUUUGUGAGGAAUUUGGACCAGAAUUGAACUCUGCUACCGUAUUUCUAAUCACACAUUUUUCCUUCAAUGCAAUUAAGGAACUUCAUUCUUUUGAUGUGAUUCAAUGUGAUAUCCGUCCAUCUUCCUUCAGUGUUCUCCAGCAUCCUUUCAAUGUUAAAAUUACCGAUUACUCGAGAUGUAUCAAGAAAAAACCUCCAAUGAAAACACCUGAUGACGUCAAACCAGAUUCAUUCACUCCAAGAGUUUUCCACAGAAAAGACGCGGAAUUCGAUCAGUUUGUUGAUUUCGAAGCAUGGAUUUAUACGAUGGUUUACUUAUUCACUUCAACUCGUCUUCCGUGGUUCCAAGAUCCCGAAAAUAUGUUGGAAAUGAAAGAACAUUUAUUCAAUGAUCCAAGUGAUUUUGUCUAUGAUGGAUGUUCUGAAGCUGUUCCCAUGGCUGCUACUCUCAUUGCUAAUAACAAAAUGUCAUAUGAGACAUUCUUGGAAAACAUGAACCUGUUUUUCUCUGUAGACGUAAUGCAGUACCCGGAUAAAUGCCAACCAAGACUUUGGAGUUUGAAAGAAUUGGAGGGAAUAAAAAAGAAUGGAAAUUUGGAAUCUGACGAAGAGAAUGAAAUUGAGCUGAUUGAAAGUCAUUGGAAUCCUGCGGAUGAAUCAGUUUCAGAAGAAGAUUCAGAUGCGGAUGAAAAAUCGAAGAAUGGAAAAGAAGAGACGGCGAAAAGAUCAAAGAUGGAGAAGAAAAAGACAUCACUGAAGGAAGAUAAAACUCAACAAAUGUCAAUGACAAUGUCUGAAGUUUCGAACACUGAGCAAUGGUCAGAAGCAAGUUCUACAAAUGAGAAGAGAAGCAAGCCGGAAAAGAAAAAUAGUGGACCUCAAAAGAGAUCUCCACCGAAAAGAGGAGUCGCUGGUCAAUGGAUGAUGAUGGAGCCAACUUCUACCGAGCAGAUGUCCAUGCCUUCGAACAUGCCAAGAUGCAAGAUUCAGAACUCCGAUGAGCCAAUUUCAAAACCGGAAAAAAAGAAAAAGAAAGAAAACGCUAAAACCCCUCCACCUGUCGCUGUAAAUAUAAAGGAGAAAAAACGGCCACUUGUUACUCGAGAGUUUUUGUAUGAAAUGCAAAAAGAUAUCAAUGAAACUGAUUUUUCAAUUUCAUCUGAAUCAUCUGCCACUUCAUUUUCCUCUUGGACGUCUUCAUCUUGGACUUCUGAUGACGAUGGUGAUGUGAAAAAGGUCUACAAAUGGAGCCAGAAAUCAGAUGGACAGUCGGAUGUUGAUUUCUUUGAAGAUUUGAAUUCAGAAGAGGUGGAAACCCAUAACAAAUAUGAAGAUCUACGUGCACUAUGCUACAAAGAAAGAAUUUAUGAGAAGAAUAACUCGGACAUCGAACCGCUUUCUGAUAUUGAUAGCGAUGAAAAAGAAGCGCUCGUCAACGAAAUAGAAAAACAAAUUGAUCCUAAAAAACGGGAGGAAGCUCAGUUGAAGGAGAAAACUCAAGAUGAACCGGUUUCCGGAAAAUCUCCGAACUGA